AACAAUGUCGAUCUUGCUCUGCUUCCUCUGUUUUUUACCAAUUUUCUUAGUUUCCUUAUCAAUCCUCUCAAAAAAGCUCAAACCCUCAAAAUGGAAGCUUCCUCCUGGCCCCAGGACGCUUCCGAUCAUCGGAAACUUACACAACCUCAAAGGACUACCUCACACAUGUUUGCGAAACCUCUCUCAACAGUACGGUCCAGUGAUGCUUCUCCACUUCGGAUUCGUCCCUCUGGUCGUAAUCUCAUCGAGAGAAGGUGCAGAAGAAGCUCUCAAGACCCAAGAUCUUGAAUGUUGCAGCAGACCAGAGACGGUGGCUACAAGAAUGAUCUCUUACAACUUCAAAGACAUCGGAUUCGCGCCUUACGGCGAGGAAUGGAAAGCGUUGAGGAAGCUCGUGGUCAUGGAGCUCUUGAACAUGAAAAAGUUUCAGUCUUUCAAGUUUAUCAGAGAGGAAGAGAAUGACUUGUUGGUCAAGAAACUAACCAAAUCGGCUCUCACACAAUCUCCGGUGAAUCUGCAGAAGACCCUUUUCACGCUCGUCGCGAGUAUCGUGUGUAGGCUCGCGUUCGGGAUAAAUAUCCACAAGUGCGAGUUCGUCGACGAGGACAACGUAGCAGAGCUUGUUCACAAGUUUGACUUGCUCAUCGAUGGUAUCGCCUUCUCCGAUUUCUUCCCUAAAGUAGGUUGGCUUAUCGACCGAGUUUCAGGGCAAGAAAAGACAUUGAACAAUGUUUUCUCGGAACUCGACACUUUCUUCCAAAACAUUCUCGAUGAUCAUCUCAAGCCUGGAAGAACCGUACCAGAGAACCCUGAUGUCGUCGAUGUGAUGGUUGACUUGAUGAAGAAGCAAGAGAAAGAUGGUGACUCUUUUAAGCUCACCACAGAUCAUUUCAAAGGAAUCAUCUCGGAUAUAUUUCUUGCAGGAGUAAACACAAGCGUGGUCACAUUGACCUGGGCGAUGACAGAGCUGUUUCGAAACCCUAGAGUGAUGGAGAAAGUGCAAGAAGAGAUUCGAACAACACUUGGGGACAACAAGGAGAGAAUCACAGGAGAUGAUGCAAACCAGCUUCACUACUUCAAGCUCGUGAUCAAGGAGACAUUCAGGUUACACCCAGCAGCUCCACUCUUGCUUCCAAGAGAGACAAUGUCUCAAGUCAAGAUCCAAGGCUACGAUAUUCCCGCAAAAUCUCAGAUGAUGAUCAACGUUUACUCUAUCGCACGCGAUCCAAAACUAUGGACAAACCCAGAUGAGUUUAACCCUGACAGGUUUCUCGACAGUUCAAUAGAUUACAGGGGAUUGAACUUUGAGCUUUUGCCGUUUGGUUCUGGCCGGAGAAUCUGUCCCGGGAUGAAUAUGGGGAUCGCCACCGUGGAGUUGGGACUGUUGAAUUUGCUCUACUUCUUUGAUUGGGGAUUGCCUGAAGGGAAGACUGUGAAAGACAUCGACCUGGAAGAAACUGGAUCUAUUAUUAUCAGCAAGAAAGCAACUCUUGAGCUUGUUCCACUUCUUCAUUACUGAAAUUACUAUCAUGAAAGAUUAUAUCAGCUUCUUAAUUUUGAUUUUGCAAUAUUUGUAAUAUAUUAAGAUCAUAUAUCUGAAGGAAUAUAG